UUAUAAGAAUUUAUUGUCUAUGGCGUGUACCAACUAAACAUGAAGAGAAGGUUACGAUAAUUGUGGCGCGUAUUAUAUAUUGUAAAUAUAAAUUAUUUACUGCAGAUGACAUAAACGCUUGCUAUUGACGAUAUGGCAUUCACGUUCGGAAGUCCAGCGGUCACCUCUAGUAACACGAGUUUUGGAUUUGGGACUCAAAAGACAACAGGCUUCGGUAUGAGUAACACGUUUGGCACUACAACUCCAACGUCUAGUACAUUAACGUUUGGCGCUCUGCCCGCUCCAACGACAUCCAUAGGUCUUAAUUUCGGAUUUGGUACUACAACAACCUCUACGCAAGCACAAAGCAGCGGUUUGCUUCUUGGCACCAAUGCAGUUACUACAAUGACCACUGGUCCCUCUUUAUAUCCCACUCCUAACACAUCCGCGCCUUUAUUUUCGAGUCUUAGUUUUGGUACACCAGCUACAACAAACGCUCUAACAUUUGGUGCAACAUCUAAUACAACAGCAACAGGAAGUUUAACCUUUGGUACAGCCACCACCAAUACUUCUUUAUUUGGAUCCAGUAGUGGAAGUACUUUAUUGGGUGCUAAACCGACAAUUGCUGCCACUACUACAACUAAUACAAAUAAAGGACUUGGUGGUUUAGAUGUUUCGGUUAACAAUAAAGGACUUUCUCAAGGAAAUAGUAGUUCAACAGCUGCCAAAGAAAAUCUACUGCCAAAUGAGCUUAUGCAAACAAUAGAUAAAUUCAAAGAUUUUGUAAAAAUGCAAAAAGGCCUAUCUUCAGAUAUCGCGAGGGGUUCGGCGCGACCGUUGAAUCGAUGCGCAGAAGAUACAGCAUCCUUAAUGGAAAUCUUGUCUACUUUAUCUGGCUCAGUGCAACGUGACUGUUCUUCAACUGUUAAGUUAAAACAAGACACGGCAAAGGCGUUGCAAAACUGUGAAAUAGCUCAAAGGACUCACGAUACUCCACCAGGCUUGCAAUAUGAAAAUAACGCGCCCCUUCAAUUUUUCAUGGAAUUAGUUGAAAGCUUCGAGCAUGAUUUGAUGUUAUUCAGAUCACAAAUUGAGACAACGGAAAAGCAUAUACAGGCCAUGAUGGCGCCGAGAACAUUAACCCCACAGGAAUUGACAAUAACCAUGAGUAAACUUCACGAGUCCCUAGUCGCGGUUGCUGGCCGAUUACAAAACGUGCAUGCCAAGGUGCAGCAACAGAAAGAACAGUAUCUCAAUUUCAGGAAAUAUGUAUUGAAGGAUAACACCAACGUUUUUGAUAAUAUCAAGGCAAACGGUAAAUCUAGUCGUAGCAGCAUCGAAAAGAUCACGAGCGGUCCCACUCCCUUUGGACCAGGAAAUAAAAGCUUUUUGUCGUCGACGACAUUAAACUCGAACCGGCCGGCGAAUUAUGAAACACGAAACCCUUUAGUUUGGGAAAGUUCGACACCGGUAUCGUCUGCUACUAACAUUGCGAUAGGCUCGUCCAUGAAACCGCCAACAGCAAGCUUAAAUUUUAAUGCGCCGAUUAAUUUGACUGCACCAUUGCCAGCAAACGGAAGCAGCUCAAACUUUCAACUACAAAAGCCCCCCGUUGGUAAUAAAAGAGGGAAACAUUGAUAGCUUGUUUCAGACAUGGUAAUUUUUAUAAUCCAUUAAAUUUUUUAUAGUUCAAAUUCAACAUAUGUAAAGUUUUCUUCAUCAUUGUCGAUAUUAGAACAAAUACGUUUAAAAAUUAUAUAUUCAGUAUUGAUUAUGCAAUGUAUCAUUGUAAUAUUUUUUUUUAAAUACGUUAUACAUUAAAAUGUGCAUUCUAA